CGGCUGGCGCAGGCGAAAGGCGUCUGUGCAUUUUGCUGUGCAGUGAAGGCGGAAGUGCGGGAGCCGAGGCUUUUCCAGGUGCUGGGGUUGCGGCGCACCUGCGGGAGCGAGAUGGAGGUGGGCGCGGCGGCAGUAGAUGGCCCGGACGGCCCUCGGGAGCGGCGAGGCUUGUGCGAGACUGGGAGGCAGCCGCAGAACCACGAUGUGCGGCCUCGGUCUGGAGUAAACGGGCUUCCAAGACACUCCUACUGGCUGGAUGUCUGGCUCUUUAUCCUUUUCGAUGUGGUGUUGUUUUUGUUCGUGUAUCUUUUGCCCUGACUGGUUUGCUGAUAUCUAAAUUAAGAAGUUGGCUUCUGGAGUGAAUUCUGGAAAUGACUUACAAACUUCUUGAAUAAGGAAGACAGACAGGAUUGUGCAGCUGAAGAACUUCAAACCUCUAAGGGAUCUUCCUUUCAUUUUACACAUUCUGUUACUCACUUGGAGAAUACUAUUAAAUGGGUAGUGAUCUCACUCGUUCACAGCUAAGUUCUUAAAACUAGACCCUUUGGUUCACGUUUAAAAACUUUUCAAACAUCUAUGGCUUUACAGAGGCUAAAUAUAAAAGUAUUUGUAUCUAAA